GAGAAAAGAGGAAAUGCAAGUAGCGGCAUAACGGAAGUGGUUCUGCCCUGAGAUAUACGCCGAGCGCGACGGGAGCACGGAGGCAUUAAAACGUCUAACGGAGAGUUGAGAAUAAUCAGGAUUAAAAGUCGCCGAUAUUAAAAUGGACAAGAACGACCUGGUACAGAAUGCCAAGCUUGCCGAGCAGGCUGAGCGCUAUGACGACAUGGCCGCAGCCAUGAAGAGUGUGACGGAGCAAAGUAUGGAGCUGUCAAACGAGGAGCGCAACCUCCUCUCGGUUGCCUACAAGAAUGUGGUCGGAGCGCGCCGCUCAUCCUGGCGCGUCAUCUCCAGCAUUGAGCAGAAAAUUGAAGGCAAUGACAAGAAGAAGCAGAUGGCUCGUGAAUAUCGGGAGAAGAUCGAAUCUGAGCUGCAGGAAAUCUGCCACGAUGUGCUGGGGCUUCUGGACAAGUACCUUAUUGUCAAUGCCGGGAGUUCCGAAGGCAAGGUGUUCUAUCUGAAAAUGAAGGGCGACUAUUAUAGAUACCUGUCUGAGGUGGCAUCCGGAGAUGCUAAGAAGGAUACCGUCGAUAAUUCCCAGCAAGCAUACCAGCAAGCUUUCGACAUUAGCAAGGGGGAUAUGCAGCCAACACACCCCAUUAGGCUUGGCUUGGCCCUCAACUUCUCUGUCUUCUAUUAUGAGAUCCAGAACAACCCAGAAAAGGCCUGCAGUCUGGCAAAGACGGCAUUCGAUGAAGCCAUCGCCGAGCUUGACACUUUGAACGAGGACUCUUACAAAGACAGCACCCUGAUCAUGCAGCUACUAAGGGACAACUUGACUCUGUGGACAUCAGAAAAUCAGGGCGACGAGGGGGAGACCGGAGAAGGGGAAAACUAAAGGAAUUGCACUGUUAAUCCACAUACACUCUUAUCUUAAAAACACAGACAGCUUAUAUACAUCCCCCCCCCUCCCCUUCCCUCCAGUCUCCUUCCACUCCAUCAGCCCCUCCCUCUUCUGUAUGACAAGCAGCCUGAAUUGCUCCUGACCAACUAGUUUACCCCUCUCAGUUCACUGCGAGGCGACAGGGUCAUUUUCAGUUGUUAGUACGUUCAGUCAUUUUGUAGAAAUUCGUAUUGUUUUUCGUUAGCUCUGUGUGUACGUCUGCACGUUCGUGGGGAGCGGGUGAGAGUGUAAAGAAAAAAAAAAAAAAAAAAGAAAAAAGUUGUGUGCGCGCACUUGUUUGAGAGACAUCUUGUGUAUGGGGGGGGGGGGGGGGGGGGGGUGGUCGUGAAUUCUAAUCGUCCUUCCAAAUUCCUUUGUCCCGGCUCGUUUGUGGCUCAUUUUCCUCCUCCCCUGCUUCUUUUUGUUACUUUUAUUAUUGUGAUUCAUCAUGGUAUUUACAGGUUUUAUUGUAUGGGUUUUAUUGUAUGGUAAUGAAACUGGCAAACACUGUGAUGGUAGGUGUUCCAUUUGCUUCACAACCCCCAAGAGCAAUUUGCGUUUUUUUGACUUUUCCGGAAUCACGUACAAUCCCGUAUUCGACUUAACUGCAAUUCUGCUGUGGGCUCAUACAGAAAGGAGGCAGGCUGUAUUGUGACACUGACAUCCGAGUGGAAUGCGCCUCGACCGUUUUCACAAACGAAAGGGACCCCUUAAAUGAUCACGUUUCAUAUUAUUCAGACAUUUGCAUCGCGAGGCUCCCUCUCAAAAAAGGCAUUACCCCCCCCCCCCCCCCCCCCCUCUUUUGCAAACUUAAGUAGAUUGACUCACUCGUAAGUGAUGCGUACCGUCUAAUGUGGCUGCAGGUUAUUUUAUCCUUUGUGUGUAAUAUCCACAGGAAACUAGUUGUUGACCUCACUUUAAUCAAUCUUGCUUUCAGAAUUACAUCUUCAGGCGUUGUCUCGGCAACAAAAUGCUUUUGUGUCCGGCAUAGCCUCUUGAUUCUAUUUUUACCAUCGGCGUUAGCAAAUACCAGUUGAGAUCAGACAAAGUCGGAACGAUGACCCGCGAAAAUCACGUGAAGGUGCAAUUUCAUCUCAUUGGAAAGAGGCUCAGUGUCACAAUACUGUGUAUCACCACUACAUUCCACAUCUUGUAGUUGAAGACACCAUUCCACGUUAUUACGCUGUUUCUUCUGACAAUGCUCCAAGGAAUUGAAAUGUUUUGUUCAUUAAAAAAAAAAAAAGAAAAAGUCCAUUUCAUUAUGCUUGAUGAAAAAUGCAGUUAGUGAAUGUGGAACGAAGCCUGUCUGUAUAUCUGGUAUUUACUUGCUUUGUUUUUACUGACAAGUCUUAUGGCUAAAAAAAAAAAAAAAUUGCUUCUGUAACAGUCUAUUA